AAACGACACCACCUCUCUCUCUCUCUCUCUCUCUCUCUAGUUUCAGAGGCACUGGUAUAUUUUCUCUCUAAAAAUGCACCUAGCACCGUGCCCCACAAGUGUGCUUCUCAUCCUAGCCUCUCUCCUCUGUUCCACCACCUAUUUCCGGCUUCCCUCUCCAUUUUCCGACGACAAUCCCUACCACUCCCUCUUCCUCUCCUCCGGCGACAACGCCACCACCGCCCGACACCUUCUCUCUCUCACCUCCCGCCCCCACACUGCCGGCACCCCCGCCAACUACAUCACCGCCCUCUAUGUUCUAAACACUUUCUCCCUCCUAAACUUCCAAGCACAUGUAACCCCUUACAAAGUCUCUCUCACUUAUCCGAUUUUCCGAUCACUCGACGCCAGCUUUCCGGCCACAAACGCGACAUCGAGCCUCAGCCUCCAACAAGAACCCUGUCAGGGAGACCCUUACUCUGAGACUCUUGAGGCCUUGCCAACCUUCCAUGCCUAUGCCAAAACAGGCCAAGCCAUAGGAGAGGCCAUCUAUGUUAACUAUGGUAGAGAGAGAGACUAUGCACUUUUGAAGAGCAUGGGCCUAAGUGUUGAAGGCAAGGUUGUCUUAGCAAGAUACGGAGAAAUAUUCAGAGGGGACAUAGUGAACAAUGCCAUGGAAGAAGGGGCAAUUGGUGUUGUUAUCUACACUGACCCUAAGGACUAUGGAGGGGACAACAGCUCGCACACGGAGGCUCGGUGGAUGCCACCGAGUGGCGUGCAAAUGGGUGCGGUCUAUAGAGGUAUAGGAGACCCCUCGACACCGGGGUGGGCUAGCAUAGAGGGGUGUGAGAGAUUAGAGAGAGAAAAUAUGGAGAAGGGGCUGCCGUCGAUUCCCUCUCUUCCUAUAUCGGCCAAGGAUGCGAAGGUGAUCGUGGCCGGGCUCGAGGGGCCACUGGUUGAUGAGGACUGGCAAGGUGGGAUCGAUGUGGGUGCCUAUAGGGUCGGGCCGGGUCCAGUCACCCUCAACCUCACUUAUAUUGGGGAGCUAAAGGAGAUGAAGAUUCAUAACGUUUUUGCUGUGAUCAAGGGAGCCGUUGAGCCUGAUAGGUACGUAUUGAUGGGGAAUCAUCGCGAUGCAUGGAUCUUUGGAGCCGUCGAUCCUAAUAGUGGAACGGCUGCCAUGCUAGAGAUAGCCCAGAGGUUGUCCAAAUUACAAAAGAGGGGCUGGAGGCCUAGAAGAAGCAUCAUUUUGUGCAGUUGGGAUGCAGAGGAGUAUGGUUUGAUUGGAUCCACAGAAUGGGUAGAAGAGAACAGUGAGAUGAUGGGCUCAAAAGUUGUAGCAUAUCUAAAUGUCGACACUGCAGUCUCAGGAGCAGGAUUUCAUGCCUCGGCCACACCUCAACUUGAUCACCUACUCAAAGAAGCCACUCAAGAGGUUAAAGAUCCAGACAACUCCUCAAGAACGGUCUACGAUUCGUGGAUUGAGUCUGGUGACCCUCCUUUGAUAGGGAGACUCGGAGGCGGAGGGUCAGAUUAUGCAGCAUUCCUUCAACACAUUGGAAUCCCAGCCGUUGAUAUGGGCUUUAAAGGAGCUUUCCCGGUUUAUCAUUCUUUGUAUGACAACUUCGUAUGGAUGAAAAAAUUUGGUGAUCCCUCAUUUCAAAGGAACGUAGCAGUGGGCAGCAUAUGGGGAUUGGUUGCACUUAGGCUGGCGGAUGAGGAGUUCUUGCCAUUUAAUUACUCAGCAUAUGCUUCUGAGCUCCACUUAAGUACAAAGGCACUAGAAACACAAGGACUGGAUAAAUCCCUAAACUUCUCUCCAUUAUAUAACUCCAUCAAGGAGCUUGAGAAGGCCGCAGGCAAAAUAAUGAGGGAAAGAAAGGCACUAGAGGAAGACGGAUGGGCAUCCAGAUUCAGGAAAGAGAAUGCAUUGCUGGUUCGGGAUCUUAACGAUCGAUUAAUGAUGGCAGAACGAGCUUUCGCAGACCCGGAUGGUCUCUUUGGAAGAUCAUGGCACAAGCACUUGGUUUAUGGGCCUUCAAAACACAAUGAUUAUGGGUCUAGGUCAUUCCCGGGAAUAGAGGACGCCAUUGAGGAGGGAAGAAGCUCAAGCACAAGAGAGUCAUGGGCUUUUGUUCAACACCAAAUUUGGAGGGCCUCUAGAGUUGUGUCUCAGGCCUCACUGGUUCUCAGAGGUGAUUUCACAUAGGAUAACAAGCAAGAGUGGGUUUUGUUAUUGAAGUUAUGUAUAUGUGAAACUUCUUUGCUUGUAUAAAUGUUCAGCUUGAUUGAAGGGUUAAUUUUCUCAGAUGACA